AUGCAGUCUCUGGUCUCAAGCUUUGUUGUGUUGAUGACUAUCACAGUGACGGUAAUGACAUCCAAAUCAGACGCCCUUCCUUUCCCCCCUCACACUUCUUUGGUCAUCCAAGACACCCAACUGAUCAGGCAAUUCCUUGAUCGUUAUCAGCCUGCAGUUCUUUUUCAUCCAAUGGUCCGACGGUAUGACGUACAGGUAUAUCCAUGUUAUCAUAGCUUGUAACCAGUUUUUUUUCUCUAGCAAGAAGACAUGGACGACGGAGAAGAACGCCUGGCCCUUCGGCCUAUGGCUAAGCGCAACAACGCUGAGGUCGUCAACCACAUUCUAAAGAACUUCGGGACCUUGGAUCGGCUUGGUGAUGUGGGGAAGUAA